CGAUACGAGGGUGGGACCGGCGACUGCCUGCAGGUGUUCUCCUGUAUACGGUAGUACUUUCCAAGACUUAGUUCAGAAAGUGGAUCUGCGACAAAAUUCAGCUACGAAGUAGCUGCGGCAGGCAGGUGAGUCCGGAUCCUUGAUGUAUAACAGAUAUAAAAAAACUGGCAAUCAAGAUGGAAAAUAACGUAACAACAAUUUCUCGAGAGGAACUGGAAGAACUAAAAGGAGCAUUUAAUAAAAUAGACAUUGACAAUAGUGGAUAUGUCAGUGAUUAUGAACUUCAAGAUCUUUUCAAAGAAGCAAGUCUUCCAUUACCUGGCUAUAAAGUUCGUGAAAUUGUGGAAAAAAUUAUAGCAGUGACAGAUAGUAACAAGGAUGGCAAAAUAAAUUUUGAAGAAUUUGUAUCGGUUAUUCAGGAACUGAAAAGUAAAGAUAUUAGCAAAUCAUUUCGAAAAUCCAUAAACAAAAAACUGGGUAUUACUGCAAUUGGAGGAACAUCAUCCAUUUCCAGUGAGGGAACUCAGCAUUCUUACUCAGAAGAAGACAAGGUCGCGUUUGUUAACUGGAUAAAUAAAGCUCUUAAAGAUGACCCUGACUGCAAAUAUUGUCUCCCUAUGAAUCCAUCAGAUGAUAGCCUUUUUAAUUCACUUGCUGAUGGUAUCCUUCUUUGCAAAAUGAUUAAUUUAUCUCAGCCAGAUACGAUUGAUGAAAGAGCAAUUAAUAAGAAGAAGCUUACUGCAUUCACUAGAUCAGAAAAUCUAGAUCUAGCACUAAAUUCUGCAUCAGCUAUUGGCUGUACAGUAGUUAACAUUGGAUCACAAGAUCUAAUAGAUGGAAAGCCACAUUUGGUGUUAGGAUUAUUAUGGCAAAUUAUUAAAGUUGGGCUUUUUUCUGAUAUAGAGAUUUCCAGAAAUGAAGCUCUUAUUGGUUUACUAAGUGAUGAGGAAGGAUUGGAGCAAUUAAUGAAAUUGUCCCCAGAAGAACUUCUGCUACGGUGGGUUAACUACCAUUUGAAUAACGCUGGGUGGAAGAAAAUAAGCAACUUUGGUCAAGACAUUAAGGACUCAAAAGCUUAUUAUCAUCUUUUGAAUCAAAUUGCACCCAAACAAGGCAACAAUGGAGAAACAGCCAUUGCCAUCGAUUUUUCAGGGUUUAAUGAACCAAAUGAUUUGAGGAGGGCUGAAUAUAUGCUUCAACAAGCAGAUAAAUUGGGUUGCAAACAGUUUGUGACACCUACAGAUGUGGUUACAGGCAACCCUAAACUUAAUAUAGCCUUUGUUGCAAACCUCUUUAAUACAUACCCUGCCCUGGAGAAGCCUAAAAACAAUUCUUAUGAUUUCAGUUUAUUAGAAGGUGAAAGUAAGGAAGAAAGAACAUUUAGAAACUGGAUGAAUUCAUUGGGUGUAACUCCUUAUAUUAAUCACUUAUACAGUGACCUUGCUGAUGGUUUAGUAAUCUUUCAACUCUAUGAAAUGAUUCGUGUACCUGUAGAAUGGAGUCAUGUCAACAAACCACCAUAUCCUGCACUUGGGGGUAACAUGAAAAAGAUUGAAAAUUGUAACUAUGCAGUAGAACUGGGAAAGACAAAUGCCAGAUUUUCAUUGGUUGGAAUUGGUGGAAAAGAUCUCAACGAAGGCAACCCAACUUUGACUUUGGCACUAGUUUGGCAAUUAAUGAGAAGAUAUACUUUGAAUGUACUAUCAGACCUUGGAGAAGCGGGGAAAGUAAAUGAUGAAACUAUCAUUAAAUGGGUGAAUCAAACUCUUGCAAACGCAAAUAAGACAACUUCAAUAUCUAGCUUCAAGGACCAAUCUAUAAGCACUAGUUUGCCAAUAUUAGAUUUAAUAGAUGCUAUUGCACCAAAAGCAGUCCGCCCGGAAAUGGUCAAGAGAGAAGAUCUAACACCAGCAGACAAGCUAAAUAAUGCUAAGUAUGCUAUUUCGAUCGCUCGGAAAAUUGGUGCUUGUAUAUAUGCCUUACCAGAUGACUUGGUAGAAGUGAAGCCAAAAAUGGUCAUGACAGUAUUUGCAUGUUUAAUGGGAAGAGGAUUAAACAAAAUAAAAUAAAGAACGGUUUCUUUUCUUUUUCUGCCAUGAUAAACGCAUUGAAUGCCUCAUUGUUUACAGACUAAUGUAAAGCAGAUAGUUUAUAUAUAUAAAUGUGGAAAAGUAAAGAUAGAUUAUUUAAAAUGAUUUCUUUUUUAGUUAUCACUUGAAAUGUGUAUUACAUCAGUAUGUGAGCUAACUCUGUUAACAUGAUGCAAUAAUUGUAAUUAACAUUACUAUGCUCAGCAGCUUUUUUAACCUGUAUAUGAUUUUUCUCAGUGCAAAGAUUCCCAAGAGUGUAAAGUGCUAUUUUAGGAAAUACUAUGAAGUCAAAACUUUUGAUUGAUGAGAUAAAUUUCAGUUGUUGCUAACAAACUUCUCUUGCUAUGGUUAUAAAAUAGUCAAUGUUUUCAAUAAAAGAGAAUAUAUGUAGCUCUUUGUAGAUGUUUCAUUAACUGACUAGGUAACAUCAUUAGCACUAUUAAGUGUGGACUUUGCUCACUAUUUGUGUACAGCGUCAGUAUAUAUCCUGCCAAGUGUUUUCUCCUUGGUAGUUCCUGGAUAUCCUUAUCAGCAGAGGUAAUAAUAACAAAUUAGAAACCCAAAUCUAUCAAAAACAAUCCACACUAACCAAGUGCUCCAUUACCAAAAUAAUAACCUAAUCUCCCACACUAGUUGCUGUGUAAGAAGAGUACAAAUACUGCAGCAAUCAAAAUAUCAGGAAAAGGAACAUAUAAGCUAUGAAAAUAACUCUACACACAUCAAAAAUAACUCAGAAAAAACUAAUACUCUAUAAUACACUAUAAUAGUACUUCUCAACCUUGCUAACUUGAUAUGUCCACAAGAUAUGUGGACUUCAAUUCCCAGUUUUUUCCAGGGAAUUCAGGGAAUUGAAGGCCACCCAUAUUCAAACUGCCAAGGUUGAAAAACGUUACUCUGUAACAAUCACAUAGGAUCAUCACACAGCAUGCAAACCAACUAAACCCCUCCAAAGCAUCUAAAGUAAACCAAAAAAACAGGCGUCUACAACACGUAGUAUAAGGACAAUAACAACCACGAUGUAAGAGAGAGAGAGAGCAGAUCUUAUAAACACCAACCUAGCAAUUAGAAGACACAAUGAAACUCCUUAACUUCACAAUACAUGGACAGACUCAGCUAUAGUUGCAACUUAGAAGUGGGGUAACCUAGACAAAACUAAAUUCAAAAACACUAGAAAAUUGCUGUGAGCUUGGUAGUCAGACAAAUCAGCUAUCACAGAGAAAUCAUAUUUAUACACCAUUGAAAAGAGAGAAUAAAAAGCUAAGGAAACAAAAAGAUCAGAAAACAUCCUUCCAGCAGCUGAUAUCAAGAUAAACCGGGAUUAACACCAUAUAAACAAUGAAGCAGAAAACAAUACCCUAAUCAAGGAACUUCCUAAAAGAAAACCACACCAACUAAUGGCAAAGCAAGCUACUAUAUAAAACAGGGAACAAAGUUCACACUCACUUCCAUUGCUGAUGUUACAUAGUCAGGUAAAGAAAGUUUGUCUACAAGCAAAUAAUCAAAUGGCACCAAAUACUCCACAGACAAUUAAAGCUGUAAUAAAUCUUGUAUUUCAACUAUGA